AGGAUCUCGCGGUCUGGUAUUUAUAGUAAGUUAUUAAUGGAUAUGGUGUCUGCAAGAAACACAGAUCAUUUUCCAACACAUCGAGUCUAGCACUUAGUUUUAACGUUUGCUUAGAGUACGAGUCCUUCUCUGUUUCAUACAUAGAAAAAAGCUACUGAUAUUUCUCAAAAAGUAGAAGAAAUUGGAUUUCAAGAACACAACAAUUAUUUAUUCCCACCUGGUUUUGGAGCUGAGCGAUGUGGUUUUGACAUGUACCGAGCUGCAGGUGCAUGUGAUGAUUUUGAUGAUGACAUUCUUACUCAAUAUGUCAUUCAACAAAGUUUGCAGGAUGUGCAUAAGAGCGAAACGGUGACCACAGCAGAGAAUGACAGAUUUUAUUUUGCUACAAGUGCAAAUCACAGAAAGAUAAUUACUGCUAUUAGGACAGGUGAAGAAGAGACUUUGCUUAAAUUGAUAAGCCACAGUUCAGCUUUCCAGGAGCAAGACAGAGAUGGCUGCCUUCCUUUACAUGAUGCUGCAGCUCAACUCAACAAACAUAUUUUAGAAAUAACUCUGAAAGCUUCAGACUCCACAGUGUGGCAACAGACAAACGUGAAAGGAGAGACUCCUCUCUUUGUAGCGGUGGAUAAAUGUCUUGUGGAAAACGUCCAUUUUCUGCUACUUAAUGGCUUUAACCCUGAUUUUAAGAAUGAAGCUGGAGAUUCUCCUUUAUUUAUAGCUGUUCAACAUGACUCAUAUGAAAUUGCCUCCUUGCUGCUUCAAUUUGGUGCCAAAGUCAAUCUGCAGUGCGUCAACAAGCGGACAGCUUUACAUGAGGCAGCCAAGCUUGGCAGAAAAAGCAUGGUAGAAUUUCUGCUUUGGUCUAAAGCAGAUCCUGAUCCACGGAGUUCAUAUGGCUUCACUCCUCUAGCACUGGCAGCACAGAACGGGCAUACAGAAAUUCUGGAAAUCUUAUUGCGUAGAGGCGCUGAUGUUCUUUCCCAGGCAUCAGACUGUGCAUCCAUAUUAUUUGAAGCUGCAGGAGGAGGAAAUCCAGAUUCAGUCUCACUUCUCCUAGAAUAUGGGGCUGAUGCCAAUGUUCCAAAGCAUUCGGGACACCUGCCUAUCCACAGAGCUGCUUAUAGAGGGCACUUAUUAGUUUUACAGAUCCUGGUUCCUGUGACGGAUUAUUCUGCCAUAAAGGAGAGCGGAAUCAGUCCGGUCCACUCCGCAGCUGCAGGAGGCCACUUUCAGUGCCUGGAGUUCCUUCUCAAAUCUGGAUUUGAUCCCAAUUUCAUGUUGCAUCAGAGAGUCUGCAAAGGCUAUGAUGAUGAAAGGAAGUCAGCUUUGUAUUUUGCCUUCUCAAAUGGGGAUAUUAACUCAGCUAAGCUGCUCCUAGAAGCUGGAGCCUUACCCAACCAGGACCCUGUUAACUGUCUCCAAGUAGUCUUAAGAAUGGGCAACUAUGAGCUUGAUAGCCUCCUGCUCCGCCAUGGGGCCAACGUGAAUUACUUCUGUAGGGUUAAUACAACACAUUUUCCAUCAGCUCUGCAGUACACACUGAAAGAUGAAGUCAUGUCAAGAAUGUUACUGAAUUACAGGUAUGGUGUGUACCGUUGCUUCGACUGUUCUCACAGAGACAAGCAUUCCCGGUACAUGUUUGAAGGAUGGACCUCUACUGUUAUUAAAGACAAUAUGUUUUGUGAAGUGAUAACUGUAGCAUGGCUAAAGCAUCUCUCUGGAAAACUAGUACAUGUGAUGCUAGAUUAUGUGGAUCAUAUACGACUUUGUUCUAAACUUCAGAGUGUUCUUCAAGAGCAAAAAUUUUGGCCAGAAAUCAGUACAAUUUUGACUAAUGUUCGCCCCUUGAAACACCUUUGCCGUCUGCAAAUUCGGAAGUGCUUAGGACGCCUGCGUCUACGUUGUCCUGUCUUCCUGACGUUUCUGCCACUACCAAAUCGCUUGAAAGAGUAUAUACUCUACAAGGAAUAUGAUCUCUAUGGACAAGGAAAUCUGAAAGGAAACUGAUAAUUCAAGUACAUAAGUUAGUAUUGGCAGAUAUAUGGCAGUUACUUUUACCUUAGGUAAUUAUUUUCUCUAUGUAAUGUUGACUGGUUUUUAUGUAGUGAAUAUACAAGCAGCUUAAAAACACUGCUAGAUAAUAAAACAUAAAACCUGUUGCAGAAUAAGAUCAUGAUAAUUUCAGGCAACAAAUUUAUGGAAGUGGUUUUUGACAUUUUUGCUCCCACUCAAAUUCUGCCCCAAAUCUUCUACAUGUGAGUGCUGGGUGGGAGAUUGGUACACAAAGAAGAGCUCCAAAAGUCAUUAUGCAAACAGAGCAAACACUUCCACAAGAAUGAAAGAUCGUGAUUGCAUGUCUUGACUGCAUGUUGCUUCAAUUUCUCCUCAGUAUUUAGAGGGAAGAUGACACAGGGAGCUGCAGAGGGACAGAGAAAGUGGGACAAUUUGCAGAUAAAGCCUGUUACAUAUCGCUACCCACCAUCUUUUCUUUUUUUCAAUAGGAAACAGAAUUAUCUAUAGCAUCACUCCAGCUGGUGGUGGUUGGGUUUUUUUUGCUGUCAAGUCACAACCAAUUUAUGGUGACCUCUGGUGUUAGGAGAUGUUAGGAGGUGGUUUGCCAUUUCCACCCUCCAAGUCAUGACCCUUGGGAGGUCUCCCAUCCAAAUACCUUCUAGAGUCAGCCCUACUCAGCUUCUGAGAUCCGACAGGAUCAGGCUAGCCUGGGGCUAGGUCGGGGCCUAAAUAUACUCUGUUCUAAAUCAAACACUUCCUUUCUAUUGGCUCAAAGUGGCAUUGAUCUGCUGAUGCAUCUGUAUCCAAAGGACUGUUAUUUGCCUCAUCACACUCAUACUCAUCAAAUUGAUCUCAUAGUGGAAUACAACAGGAAGAAACAAAUUUUAUAUUUUAAAUCUGAGAAAUGAGACAAUGCAAAGUAUUUUAAAGGCUGAAAAUCAAACACAUGCAAGUUCAUAUAUCAACAUGAACCUAUAAACUCACUGCAACCAUAGCAAGCAAACAAAAAUCAGUGUCAUCCUUGUAUCAGGGACAUGUUUUAAAAAUCCAACUUGAGCAGAGCUAAUAUGGCUCAGUUGUUCAAUUAAAUAUAAAAUAGAUAUCAUUCCAACUGUUAUUUUUAUUAAGUAUAAUAAAUGAAUCUCUGGCUAUAUCAUAUAUACAUACAAAAUUAUUGAAUGGCCAACAGUUGAAAUAUUUAACACAAGAGUUCAGCGAUAUUUUUAAAAAUGUAUUCAUAAUUACUACAGAAACCCAUACACUAAAGUUAUAAUUGAAUGCUGCUGAAGUCCUCUCUAAUUUUAUUAGUAUACAUAUUUCAGUCUGCAAAGCAAAAUAUCAAGUUGACAGUACAAAUAUUCAGGGAAACUGUAUUAGUCUUAAAAACACUGCAAAAAUCACAGUCACAGAACAGGACCAAACCAUUAUGUUACUGCAAGAAUCCAACCAAUUAACUACAUUAUUAAAAAACCUUCAAGUUAAUUUUACAAACUUCUUGCCUUGCUUGUAGUUAUGUAAGUUAUUUCUUUAAAUGGCAAGUGGGUUUUGAACUUAAUUUAUUGUUUGAUGUAUAUAUUUGUAGGGUGUCUAAAAAUAUGGCCAGAAAUAAUGAUUAAAAGUGGGAGAAGAUAAUUUUGAUUAGUUUUUGUGUGUAUUGUGUGCAGACAAGACACAACAAUGCCUGGACUAGAUUAGGAUGGGAAGGAAAACUUGCUAACAAUUUUUUUGCUCUGCACUUCUGGGGGGGGGGGGGGCAUUAAAGUACUUUUAAAAAAAUGAUAUUCAUUUCUGUUUAAUAUAUCCCAUUUUCUUCUCAAACGUUAUACUAAAAUAUGAUCAAUACUACAUUUACAAAAAAUCAUGGUAAACAUAUGUGCCAGAAGUUGUGCUCUUCAGCUGCUUUAAAGUACUAAUUUAGUAGGAGGAAAAAACUUAAUUUAUUGAUAAAUGCAAUGGAACAUUUGGUUCAUUAUUACCAGAACAGUGUUUCACACAUGAGUUCUACUACAUGAAGAGUCUCUGGGUAGGAAAAUACAGACUUACUAUACAGCAUUAAAUACAGUGUAUGGCACUUGGUUCUAGAUCAGGACUCAGCAACCUUUAGUACCCAAAGAGCCAUUUGGCCCUGCCUCCCCAAGCCCUGCCUUCAGCCAAGCAGGCGGGAUAGACUGUGGCGGUGAUGCCAAGUUGCACCUGGGACACGGCGAGUGCGCCUCCUUCCCCGUCCCCUCCUUCCUUCCUCCGGCAUCCUUUCCUCUCCUUCCCAGGCGCCAGACAAGGGAAGGAGGGAAAA